GAUUGCAGGUAGCACCGACUGCGGCUGCACCGCUCGCAACUUGGGGGAGCUCGGAGCUGUCCCUCAGCACUGGGGGAACGGAGCCCGUCUGGCACCAUCCGGAGGAACUUUGUGCAGCCCGGGGGACUGAUUAACAUUGAGCCACUCAGGAUCUACUGGCGUUUGGCUCCGAUGGGUCUCUCAUUACCGGAUCUUAUUCUGGAAUAACACGAAAGCCUGCUGCUGGCUGGAGGAAGUCGGCACAAGAACUGUCGCCUGUCAGAUCUGGGUGACAGCGAUUAUUGCCUCUUUCUUUGUAUCAGAGGAAUUAGCUCUUGCCUGUCGGACGUGGGAGACAGUUACUGUUUGUCGGAAGAGGGAGACAGCUGUGCCUGCUUUCUGUCCCGGGAACUGUACCAAGAGAGUCGUGCCAAGUCGCAGGGAUGAGCGGCUAAACUUGCUGCAACCGCUAAGAAGCAAGCACCACAAAGCGUGAGUUGCCCCGGUGCGUCCGAUUCAGUACAGGGGGCAAAUCAUGAGGACUGAGGGGGUACCGAGUUGCUGGAGCUCCUGGCUGCUCCUGCUGCAGAUUUCCCUGGCUCUGGCCGCCACCAAACAGCUGCUGAAGUACCGGAUUGCGGAGGAAGGUCCGGCCGAUGUGCGGAUCGGCAAUGUGGCUAAGGAGAUCGGGAUCGUGAAAGGCUCCGGGGACGUGACCUUCAGCCUGGAGUCCGGUUCCGACUACUUUAAGAUUGACAACGUGACCGGGGAGCUGAGCACCACAGAGCGCCGAAUAGACCGGGAGAAGCUGCCGCAGUGCCAGAUGAUCUUCGAUGAGAACGAGUGCUUCAUAGACUUUGAGGUGUCGGUGAUCGGGCCGGCGCAGAGCUGGGUGGAGCUGUUUGAGGGUAGGGUGGUCAUUCUGGACAUCAACGAUAACACCCCGACUUUUCCAUCCCCGGUGCUCACCCUCACUGUAGAGGAGAACCGGCCGGUGGGGACUCUGUAUCUGCUGCCCACGGCCACCGACCGAGACUUCGGCAGGAAUGGGAUAGAGCGCUACGAGCUGAUCCAGGACGCGGGGGAAAGUUUGUAUGUGUCCGGCCGAAGGGGGGCGGCAGAGAGCUCCCUGUACCCGGGCAAGAGGAGGAUGGAGUCGGACAGUAGGAGCAGCGUUUUCGAGCUGCAAGUGGCCGACACCUCGGAUGGGGAGAAGCAGCCGCAGCUCAUAGUGAAGGGGCCGCUGGACCGGGAACAGAGGGAUUCCUAUGAGCUCACCCUGCGGGUAAGAGACGGGGGAGAACCUCCCCGAUCCUCCCAGUCCAUUCUCAGGGUCCUCAUCACCGAUGUCAAUGACAACAACCCUCGGUUCGAGAAAAGCGUGUACGAGGCGGACCUGGCAGAGAACAGCGCCCCCGGCACCCCUAUCCUGCAACUGAGAGCCACCGACUACGACGUAGGAGUAAACGGGCAGAUCGAGUAUGUGUUUGGGGCAGCAACCGAGUCGGUGAGAAGACUCCUCAGGCUGGACGAGAACUCCGGUUGGCUCAGUGUCCUGCACCGGAUAGACAGGGAGGAGGUCAAUCAGCUGAGAUUCACUGUCAUGGCCAGGGAUAGGGGGCAGCCCCCUAAAACUGACAAGGCCACAGUGGUCCUUAACAUUAAGGAUGAGAACGACAAUGUGCCCCUGAUAGACAUCAGGAAGAUCGGCAGGAUCCCAGUGAAGGAUGGCAUGGCCAAUGUGGCGGAGGAUGUGCUGGUAGAUACCCCCAUAGCCUUGGUGCAGGUGUCAGACAGGGACCAGGGAGAGAAUGGAGUCGUUACCUGCACUGUGGUCGGGGACGUCCCGUUCCAGCUGAAACCUGCAAAUGACGGAGAGGGGGAGCAGAACAAGAAGAAGUAUUUCCUGCACACCUCGGCGCCCCUCGACUACGAGAACGUUAAGGAAUACAAUGUCAUCAUAGUGGCCGUGGAUUCCGGCAGCCCCAGCCUAUCCAGCAAUAACUCCCUUAUCGUCAAAGUGGGGGACACCAAUGACAACCCCCCGGUGUUCAGCCAGGCCGUGGUGGAAGUGGCCUUCCCUGAAAAUAAUGUACUGGGAGAGCGAGUGGCCACAGUUCUGGCCACAGACGCCGACAGCGGCAAAAACGCAGAGAUCGCUUAUUCCCUGGAGCCUUCCAUGGAAGGGAUCUUCUCCAUUCAUCCAGACACUGGGGAUAUAACCGUCAAUAUCAUCCUGGACAGGGAGCAGACGGACAGGUACGAGUUCAAAGUGAUCGCCAAAGACAAGGGAAUCCCCGUCCUGCAGGGGACAACCUCGGUGGUGGUCCAGGUGGCAGAUAGGAAUGACAACGAGCCCAGGUUCAUGCAGGACGUGUUCACCUUCUAUGUGAAAGAGAACUUGCAACCCAACAGCCCAGUCGGGAUGGUGACCGUGAUGGACGCAGACAAAGGUCGCAAUGCAGAGAUGAGUUUAUUUAUCGAGGAAGACAGCGAUAUAUUCUCCAUAGAGAACGAUACAGGAACUAUCUAUUCCACUGUCUCAUUUGAUAGGGAGCACCAGACCAGCUACACAUUUAAGGUGAAAGCAGUAGAUGGUGGAGACCCUCCAAGAUCGGCCACAGCCACCGUGUCCCUUUUUGUGAUGGAUGAAAACGACAAUGCCCCUACCAUUAGUUUCCCAAUUAAUAGUUCCUAUGCUGUGCUGUCCCCUUCCAGCAAUGUGAGGACUGUUGUUGCCUCUGUAGUGGCAACCGACAGUGACAAUGGUGUCAAUGCUGAUCUGAACUACAGCAUCGUAGGGGGGAAUCCCUAUAAGCUCUUUGAAAUUGACUCCACCAGUGGAGUGGUGUCUUUGGUUGGCAAGCUCACCUCAAAGCACUAUGGUCUGCACCGACUAGUGGUGCAGGUGAAUGACAGUGGGCAGCCCCCCCAGUCUACAAUAGCUUUGGUACAUGUGUUUGUCAAUGAAACCAUCUCCAAUGCCACAGUGGUUGAUUACCAAAUUGCCAGAAGUUUGCACACCCCAUUAACCCAGGAUAUUGCUGGAGACCCCAGCUAUGACAUGAGCAAGCAGAGACUAAGCAUAGUGAUUGGAGUGGUGGCUGGGAUCAUGACUGUCAUCCUCAUCAUACUAGUAGUGGUCAUGGCCAGGUACUGUAGAGCCAAAAGCAAGAAUGGGUACGAAGCUGGGAAAAAGGACCAUGAGGAUUUCUUCACCCCCCAACAGCAUGAUAAGAACAAAAAACCCAAAAAGGACAAGAAAAAUAAGAAAUCCAAGCAGCCCCUGUACAGCAGUAUAGUGACAGUGGAGGCUUCCAAGCCCAAUGGACAAAGAUAUGACAGUGUCAAUGAGAAGCUGUCAGACAGCCCCAGUAUGGGAAGGUACAGAACUGUUAAUGGAGGUCCGGGUAGCCCCGAUCUGGCCCGGCAUUACAAAUCCAGCUCCCCACUGCCUACUGUACAGCUCCACCCUCAGUCACCUACUGCUGGCAAAAAACACCAGGCUGUGCAAGACUUACCCCCAGCCAAUACUUUUGUAGGAGCUGGAGACAACAUCUCAAUUGGAUCAGACCACUGUUCUGAGUAUAGCUGUCAAACCAAUAACAAGUACAGCAAACAGGUCACUGCACACCCGUCCUGUGAUCCUCAGCUGCGAUCUUGAGAAAUGUCUGUCUUAAAGAGCUAGAGAAAUGGGAUUUGUGGGACAAUUUUACUGACAGAGUUACUCUAAUAAAUGUAAAUAGAUUGACUCUGCUGCCUAAAAACAAAAACAAAAAAAAAAUAUGAAAGAAGCUUGAAGUCACGUGCAUCGGAAAUCUCUGGAGAGCCUUGAAAACCAUUUAUAUAUACAUUUAAAGACAUAAACACACAAAAACUUUUUAUAAAUACUAGUUUUUACUUGCCUUAUAACAAAAUGGAAUUUCACAAAAAAAGCAAGACUGUGGAAUACCUAAGGAAUUCAUCGUAUGGUUAAAGUUUGCAAUGGAAAGGUAUGCUGUAUGUAUAAAUGGUUCUACUGACCCAUCCUUACUUUCUCUGAAUGCUUAUAAUCUUGUGUGAUUUCUGAAAAAUGUACUAUGUGCUAAUGGUUUGUUCAAUGUUAUGUAUUUUUUUUUUUUUUUUUAUUUCUCUCUUGCAAAAAUUGGACUCGAAAAAAAGCCACAGGAGCUUCGAAAAUGGCAAAACAAACUUAAGAAGGAACGUUUUAUUUUCUUAAACCAAUAAAAAGUAUAUUUAUUAUAUAAAGAUGAAUAUUUAUUAUACGUAUAAAAAAAAAACGAAGAAAAAAAAAAAAACAAUUUAAAGAGCUUUAACUUAAGGCUAUGAAGAAAAUGUGUUGUCUGAAGGUCUGCAUGCCUACGCAAUGAAACCACAGAUACGUUAUUAACAUUUAAGGAACUCUUUUGCCUUGUUAAAUUGUAAGGAUUCAAUACUGCAUUCUAGCAAUAGCUGACUAUACAUAGAAAUUGUUUUCCUCACUUAUUAUGACACAAACCAUAGGCAGCCUGUUAUGUUUAGGUUACUGUAGCCAACAGGUUUUGUACUGUACAUUUCCGUUGUGCUGUUUUUCUCAAUUCUGUUUUAGAGCAUUUGUAUACAUGACAAUAGCAAAAACUGAAAAGGGGAGGUCCCCCAAGGGGUGUGCAAUAUUCCAAUAUGUUAGUUGGCACCUAAUGUUAUUUUAAGACCAUUUGCAACUGAUCACCGUUGGUAGUUUUUUGUAGUUUUGUAGUUCUUUUGUCUAAAUCACUUUUUUUUUAGCAUUCUUGUUCCGCAAGUCUCCAGCUUUGCAUUUCAGUUUGCUAGUGUUGGCACUGGUUUCAAUGACAGACAGAGAAAUAAGAGUAAGUCUUGAGAGAAAUGCAAUUAAUUGAAUAUUAUAAGAAUCAUAAACAAUAACCCCCCCCCCACACACACACACACACACAUAUAAAAGGCCACAAUAGCUUCAUAAUGCAGAUUUGUGCUAUGGAAAUACAUAAGCCAUGAGAAAAUAUAGAGGGCUUACACUACCUAACAGAGUCCCAUUUACAGCCCCAUUCAGGUCUCCUCUGGCUUUAUAACAGAUAGGCUAUGGGUUAGUGUUAAUGAAGCUUGUGUCCAGCUAGCCACCAUUACAGUGACCAGUUAUCCUAGAACUUAAGGUCCCAAGGACACAAGUGCAAGAAUAAAAGUAACCGUUCCAUUAAAAAAUGUCCAGGGUCUAGCUGCACUCUGCACUCCAUUCCAGAUAGAGAGUGGGAGGGAGGGGCACCUAGGUGCUUUCACCUGUUUGCCCCUCAUGAAUACUGGGCUGCUGAAUGCAGACAACACUGUAUUCAUGGGGCAAAAGCAGGUCUGUUUUAGUGUGUAGAAACCUGCAGCCAAUUCCUCUACCUAUGGGGCAAAGUGCAAAAAAACAUAACUGAUUGUGCCCAUUUUCUAAACUGUGCCCCCCGCCCUAAUGCAGUCAGUGAUUCCUAAUAGCACCUUCAUUGAAGCUGGGGAAAAAAGCAAUAGGAAAAUAACUACAAUUAGGUGUUGAUUUAUCAAAGUUCUGUGAAUCCUGCAUAUUUCCUACAGGAUUCCUGGAUAUUUUUAGGAACUGAUCCAAAUGACAGAAUGAUUUCAUAGGCCAGUUUGCUCAGUUCUAUAACUAUUGAUCAGUACUGAUAUUUAUCAAAGGUUAGGGGCAUUUAUGAAACAUUGUUUUUCCUGUCAGUUGGAUAAAUAUCCCUGUUAAUUGAUAUAAAUUGACUAACUGAUUUUGGAUCCAAUUUUAUAAAUUAAUUAUACAGGAGACCUAUAAUUCCAAUUAAAGUUCCAAGGGUCACUGACUGAAGCUUAAAGGGGAUGGUCUAUGUUCAGGUUAAUUUCAGUAUUCUAUAGAAUGGCCUAUUUUUAGUUUUCAAUUGGUCUUAAUUUUUUUAGUUUAUGAAAGUUUUGCUUUCCUUUUCUGCUUUCCUCCCACUUUUGCUCUGUGAAGCUACAAUUUUAUUGUCACUUUUACUUUUUACUACUUAUCUAUCUAUUUAGGCCCUCCUUUAUUUAUAUUCUUUUCUAUCAAAACCACUGCCUGGUUGCUAGGUUAAUUUGGUCCCUAGCAACCAGAUAGCUGGUGAAAUUCCAAGCCAAAGAGCUGCUGAACAAAUAGCUAAAUAAUUCAACAAUGGCAACUAAUAAAAAAUGAAGACCAAUUACGAAUUAUCUUAGAAUCGGACUGUCUACAUUAUAGCAAUAGUUAAAAGGAGAACAACCCAUACGGUGACGAUUUGUACCUUGGGGAACAGAAUGACAAAUACAUUAAACAAACUCCUGCCGAAUAUAACAAUACAGGUGAAUUGCAAAUUAUCUUAGAAGAAGAAGUGCCCUGUUUAGGCGUUUGGUUGGUGUCCUACAUUUUACUUAAUAGAUAUUUCUCCAUAAAUUAAAAAUAGCCACAAUUUACUAUAAAUCUUAGAAUGUCUGAAGGAGAAAUCAGGGCGCAUUGCUUCCAUAUGCCAGUUCAUGUUUCACUUUAUGCCUGUGCUGGGCAGACAAGCGCUUGAUAAGUUCAUUCUUCACUAUGAAGCACUGUUUAUAGUCAGAUUCUUAGCUCAUUCUAACAUUUUCCCCUUGCGGACAGCUGGCCACUUUAGUUUCACAUUCCUUGGCUGACGUCAGCCCAGACGCCUCCUAUGUUGCGCUCUAAAGAGAUUCCUGAACAAUCGUCACUUUGUUUUGCACAUUUCUCUUGCGAUUUGACAAUAAUGUGUCCCCCCCAUUUUUUCUAUGGCAGGAUGGUGGCAAGUGCAUACCUAGGGAGAUACCUUGGAUUGCUCCAAAUUAUCCGCAAUAUUAUUUACCAUAGUGGUAAAGAAGAGCUUCACUGAAGCAUUUUUAAAGAAAAAAAAAACAUUUAUAUUUGGUAUAUUUUUAAUAAUUAAAAGUGAUAUCAAUUUAGUGUUAGCUGUAAAUAGGCGGAAUCCUUUCCAAAAGAGAUGCCAAAUAAGUACAAAAUGGCAGAGUUUUUCUUCAAAAUAAUGCACCUUGAUUCUCACACAAGGCUAAACUUUGUACAUGUGCCCUUUACUUGAUGCUUUGGCAUUCACUGAUAUAACUGGCAAAUGUUUCUUCCUACCUCCCGAGAGCUUUCCAUAAGCCAAAUGUUGCUUUCUGUGAGGUUGGCUCAUUCCCGCCGCCCUGGUAAGGCUGGCACAGCCGAGCAAUUGCUGGUUCUGGUGCUGAGUUACCUUAUGGAAACAUUUACAGAUAUAUCUGGGAAUGCCGGUACAUUUAUGAAUUCAGUGUAACAAUUCAGCUGUAUUUUAGCCUUAAUGCUUGCUCAAGUUGGAAGUGAUAACUGCCUCAUUUAAUGGUUUCCUACUUGCGCUUAAUGAACAUAGUUUUUUCUAAUUAUUUUGAUCAAUAUUUCUGUUGUGUGCCGAAAGAGACUUUAGCAAGCCCUGAUUCCGAAUGCAAUUUAUCCUUCUCUGCUGUGUGUGUUAUUGUUGCCUUUUGCACCAUAUUAGCCCAUAACUUGAAAGAGAAUAGGGCCGGAGAGGCCAUCAUAUAAUCAGGGAGUUUGAUAGAUCACUCUCACAGUAUUAUUGGUCAGGAGAGCUAUUCUUUUCUUCUUUCUGUAGAUUUUUUGCUUUCUCUGUACAGAACCCUUAUUUCUUUCAGCCCAAUACCAAGGCGUAAAACUGAAUCUCUAUGCAUUUCUUUGUUCAUUUCCAUUUGCGCUGUGUAUAUAGGGGUAAAAACAUUUCUGCUGAUUACAUGUGUAACAUUGGAAAGAUCAUUUAUAUAUAUAUAUAUAUAUAACCUCCCACGUUUCCACUUGAAUUUGCCAUGAAAACUCAAGUAUUUAUGAAACGUUACAGAGAUUUUAUUGUUACUCGGAAAAAAAAAUGAAAACUGCUGUACUUGCAAAUGCUGUGCACAAUUGAUGAAUAAAGUGCUAUUUUUUAUUGAACAAU